GCGGGGGUCCCUCGGGGCGCGGACGCGGGCCCCCCGCCGGACUACAGCUCCCACAAGGCCAACCGCGGCCUCUCGCCGCUCGCCGACGCCGCCCGCCCGGGCCGCACCGGAACUACGCGGCCCACAAUGCAGCGCGGGGAGCGGGAGGCCGAGCGUCGCUUCAGCGCCGCGCCGGAACUACGCGCCCCACACUGCGCUGCGCUUCAAAACUACCGGUCCCGGCGUGCCCCGCGGCGCGGCAUUUCCCGUCGAGCUCCGCGAGAUCUCGCGAGACCGCGCUGUGCGCGCGCGGCUUUCGACGCGACGGUUAUCCGAGGGUUCCGCCAUGGCCGGCAGGGCCGGGCUCCGAGCCGGUCGCGGGGCGUCUCGCACCCCGAGCGUCGCCGUCAGGGCGUCUCCGAGACACCGUGCUCGGGUAAGGGAGCGGGAGCCCAUCGUGUACGCUGCGAGCGGAUCCGGCUCGGGGAAGGAGAACAAGGCUGGCAGCAGCACCCCGCUGAGGCACAGACCCAAUGUCUUGUCUGAGCUGGACAAUGCCACGCCGCGCCUCAUGCUGAGGAGGAUCAUCCAGAACCAACCACAAGUGUCACCUGUAGCACUUCAGACAGUUCAGCUGGAAGAAAGAGAAGAUGCUCAACCAGAGCCUCCAUCUCAGAGGACUUCCAGCACGUGA